CCUGUAUAAAGAGCGCGACAAAAAAAAAAAGCUUCUCUUUUCUUUCUUUUUUUUUUCUUUUUUUUCUUUCUUUAUCAUACCCCAUUCUUUAUUAUUUUAAUCAUCUACAUACCUAUAAUAUGAAGUUCUCUGUUGCUGCUUUUGUUGUAUCUGCUAUUGCUACUGUAGCUGCUCAAGUACCUAAUCCUACUGGUAUUUUCAACGUUACCUCUCCUACUCCCAACUCCCCCUAUGUAGCUCAACAAAUUCUUCCCUGUACAUACCGUAUAUUCCAAGACGUUGAUACCACUGGUAUUACCCUCAACAUUCAAUUGAGUUCUACUGCUGCUGGUUCCAAUACUACUUUGGUUAUUGCUACUAAUGCUGAUGUAUCCAAGUCUUCUAAUUCUGCCAAUCAAAAUGGUAACAUUACUUAUUACGAACAUUCUGUCAACUAUAAUAUUCCCACUACUGUAACUCCCGGUAGUUACAAGGUUUCCUUUAUCGCCAAUGGUGCUCCUUUGGACAUUCCUAUCUCCAUCUUACCUGCUGCUUCUUCUACUGCACUCUCCAAGUCUGGAUCUGCUUCCGGUUCCAGUCCUACUUCUUCUGGUGGUUCUAUCUUUACUGGUGAUGCUUCUCGUAUGAACUUUGAUUUGACUACUAAGACUAUGAUGGCCUUGACUGCUGUUGCUGGUAUUGCCUUUGUGUUAUAAGGAUUAACCUUUAGUCUUUGUCUGCAUUUUGAUCAUCCAUAUUUUUAUUUUAUUUUCUAUUGCCCUCCUCCUUAUUUCUGCUUUACAUUCAUCUUUUCAAAACACCCCCUCCUUAUUUUGCCUCCAUACCUCAUAUUUUCCCUUUUUUUAAAAAAAAAAAAAAAAA